UGUUAUUCAUAAAGGAAGGUGAAGUUUACUUUCAUUUUGUAUAUAUAGACAACUUGGCCUCUCUAUUUUUUGGUGUCUCAAUUUGUGUUUACGUGUCGUACCAUUAUUUAUGUAUUAAUAUGACAUUAGUAUUAUCAUGUUUAUCUAUACAAAUCUUUUUCAUGAUGUAUCCUGAUAUGUGAUUUGAUCAAUUGUCUACUCAAUAUGUCACUUCUCUUAGCAAGCAAAAGUUGACAUUUGAAGGUGUCCUACAAUUAUAUUUUUAAGAUAUUAAUACUGAUUCUUUGCUCUUGUGACCACAUGGAAAUUCCUUACUAUAUAUGGACUUGCAUGGGUACACAAUAUGUAACAAUCCUUAUAAAGACUUGCCAUUUGAGCAUGAAAGAAAAUAUACAAUCCAUGGAAAAUUGUGUGAUAGUAUUCCAGUUUCUUAUUGUAAUAUUUUUGCAUCUCCUCGCACUUCCUUUACAUGCUCAGCAGGAUGAUCAAGCAGGAUUCCUAAGCUUAGAUUGUGGUGCGCCUAAUGGGUACACAGACAAGGAUACUGGGUUGAGAUAUAAUUCAGACAAUGACUUCAUAGACACCGGAGUAAGCCGUAUGAUUGCCCCAGAAUACCAAUCAAACACGUUGUAUCAACAGUUCCUUUACGUUAGAAGCUUCCCUGAAGGAACUAGAAACUGCUACACUUUAAACUUACCUCAGGCGAAUGGCAAACCAUUCCUAAUAAGGGGCAGAUUUUCGUACGGAAACUACGAUAACAAACAUGCCCUCCCUACCUUCGAUCUUCAGAUCGGGGUUGACGUGUGGGACACGGUUGGAAUUUACAAUGAGUCUAUUCCAAUAAGAAAGGAGAUCAUACACACACCAAAGUCAAAUUUUAUUCAAGUUUGUCUUAUCAAUACCAAGUCUGGAAUCCCUUUCAUAUCAGCUCUAGAGAUAAGGCCUUUGAAUGAUACCAUAUACAAGACAGAUUAUUCUUUAAACUAUUAUUUAAGAUGGGACUUGGCUUCAUCAUCCCUCAACCCGUAUAGGUAUAAAAAUGACAUCUAUGACCGCAUAUGGCUGUCGGUCGACCUGGAUGACAGCACUAAUCUUGCCACCACAUUGCCAAUCAUGCCUAAUCUAUACCAGCUCCCUAAUGUUGUCAUGAGUACAGCCAACGUUCCCAUAAACCCAAAUGACUCCUUAGUUUUUAUUUGGUAUCCUGUGAACAUUACUGAUCAAUUCUAUAUUUACCUACACUUUGCGGAACUUACUCCCAAUGCAACACGAAUGCUUGACAUCUAUGUCAACGGGAAGUUAUUUUAUGGGUCUUAUUCUCCUAAAUAUCUCCAGGCACAAACUCUUAAGGGACCAAUAGAUGUUAGUUCAACUUAUAUGCUCUCUCUAAAUCAGACAAAGAAUUCUACACUUCCUCCUCUCCUGAAUGCAAUCGAGCUCUACACAAUCAAGCAAGUACUCCAUUCCCAGACUAAUGAUAAAGACGUUGGUGGUAUUAUGGGGAUAAAGUCAACAUACAAAGUGUUGAAGAACAACUGGCAAGGAGACCCUUGUGGCCCUCAACCAUUUUCUUGGGAUGGGGUCAACUGUAGCUUCGAAGGCUUCAAUCCACCCCAAAUUAUUUCAUUAAACUUGUCUUCAAGUGGGUUGACCGGGGAGAUAUCUCCUUUCAUCCAGAAUCUCACGUCAUUACAAACUUUGGAUUUAUCCAAUAACAGUCUAUCUGGAAAUGUUCCAAAUUUUCUAUCUCAGUUUAGCUCGUUGCGGGUCUUGAAUUUGAAGGGAAACAACUUGACAUGUCCAAUGCCAUCAUCACUCCAAUUAAAGAUAAAGACUUUAAUCAGUGAUGAUUGCAAGGAAAAUCCCACACCACCAAGGAAGCAUGGCAUUAGUACUGUUAUUGUAAUAGCUGCUUCAGUUGGUGGGUUCAUAUUGCUUAUUGUAAUAGCUGCUUCAAUUCUCCUGUAUUGCAUUUGCAUCAAAAGGAAAACAAGGCAGCCAACAACUGUGCAAAGCUCGACGAUUAGCCUACAGAGCCUUAACAAAGGCAGUUCUAACUUUCAGAUUAAGAACUGUCAAUUUAGUUACUCUGAGAUUUUGAAUAUAACAAACAACUUCCAAACGGUUCUUGGCAAAGGAGGCUUUGGAACAGUCUAUCGCGGCUAUGUCGGAAACACUCCGGUUGCUGUGAAGAUGCUUUCUGAGUCGUCCACACAAAGUUACAAGGAAUUUCAAGCCGAGGCUAAGUUCUUGGUGAGUGUUAACCAUAAGAACUUGAUUUCUGUCCUCGGUUAUUGCGACCAAGAUGAUAAAAUGGGACUCGUGUACGAGUUCAUGGAAAAAGGAAAUCUAGAAACUCAUUUAUCAGAGAGAAGCUCACAAAUAUUGAAUUGGGAGGAAAGACUUCGAAUAGCAGUCGAUGCAGCACAAGGAUUGGAGUAUUUGCACAACGGCUGUAAGCCAAUGAUAAUCCACAGAGAUGUUAAGUCUUCCAACAUCUUACUCAAUGGGAAAUUUGAAGCAAAGGUGGCUGAUUUCGGGUUAUCAAAGACAAUCCCCGUAGAAGGAAACAAUUAUGUCUCGACGGUUGUUGUUGGCACUCCUGGUUACGUUGAUCCUGAGUACUAUGUUACAAAUAGGGUGACAGAAAAAAGCGAUGUUUACGGUUUUGGAAUCGUCCUCUUGGAGAUAGUGACGGGGAAGUCCGCAGUGUCGAGGAGGCAAGGCAAUGCUCAUAUAAUUCAAUGGGUGGGUGGAAUGAUAUCAACAGCGGAUGCUAAUCAGAUUGCUGAUAAUAGGCUAAGGGGAGAUUUUGACACAAAUUGUUUAUGGAAACUUGUGGAAUUGGCAAUGGCUUGUGUUUCGCGAGAAUCGGCAAGGAGGCCAAACAUGAGUCAAGUUGUGAUGGAGCUAAAGGAGUGUUUGGCAAGCGAGAUAGCUCGUCACGACACAAGAUCAAUGGAUUCGGUGAGUGGCGGUUUUAUGUCAAUGGGGCUAGUGAGUGAUGGGCAGCUAAUGGGUCCUCCUGCAAGGUAAAAAAAGAAAAGGAGAUGAUGAUAACAAAAACAUCUAAAUUGUAUGUACAUAUAUAUUAUGACUUCUACUUGUGGAAUGGGAAUAACUUAAUAAUAAUAAAAAAAACAAAAGGGCGUUGAGUGUUUGAUAUU